AGUGAGGAGGCGCCCGGGAAUCGGAAACCUGGGAGAAGUCCAGACAGAGCCCAAGAACCAGAACUACCCCUCUACCUGUGCACCAUGGGGGAGAUGGAGCAGUUGAGGCAGGAAGCGGAGCAGCUCAAGAAGCAGAUUGCUGAUGCCCGGAAAGCCUGUGCGGACAUCACCCUGGCUGAGCUUGUGUCUGGCCUGGAGGUGGCGGGAAGGGUCCAGAUGCGGACUCGGAGGACGUUAAGGGGACACCUGGCCAAGAUCUAUGCCAUGCACUGGGCCACUGACUCUAAGCUGCUGGUAAGUGCCUCGCAGGACGGAAAGCUCAUCGUGUGGGACACUUACACCACGAAUAAGGUGCAUGCCAUCCCGCUGCGUUCCUCCUGGGUCAUGACCUGUGCCUACGCACCGUCAGGGAACUUUGUGGCAUGCGGCGGGCUGGACAACAUGUGCUCAAUCUACAACCUCAAGUCCCGGGAGGGCAAUGUUAAGGUCAGCCGGGAGCUCUCCGCUCACACAGGUUAUCUCUCCUGUUGCCGCUUCUUGGAUGACAACAACAUUGUGACCAGCUCUGGGGACACCACGUGUGCCUUGUGGGACAUUGAGACGGGGCAGCAGAAAACGGUGUUUGUGGGACACACGGGUGACUGCAUGAGCCUGGCUGUAUCUCCAGACUACAAACUCUUCAUUUCCGGAGCUUGCGACGCCAGCGCCAAGCUCUGGGACGUGAGGGAAGGGACCUGUCGCCAGACUUUCACUGGCCAUGAAUCAGACAUCAAUGCUAUCUGUUUCUUCCCCAACGGAGAGGCCAUCUGCACAGGCUCUGACGACGCUUCCUGCCGCCUCUUCGACCUGAGGGCGGACCAGGAGCUGACUGCCUAUUCCCACGAGAGCAUCAUUUGCGGCAUCACGUCCGUAGCCUUCUCGCUCAGUGGUCGCCUGCUCUUCGCGGGCUAUGACGAUUUCAACUGCAAUGUCUGGGACUCCAUGAAGUGUGAGCGUGUAGGCAUACUCUCUGGCCAUGACAACAGAGUCAGCUGCCUGGGGGUCACAGCUGAUGGGAUGGCCGUGGCCACUGGUUCCUGGGACAGCUUCCUCAAAAUCUGGAACUGAGGAGGCUAGAGGUGGAAAGCCCUGAAGAGUCUCAGCUGCUUCCUUCUACACCCCAUCUCCUUAGGGUCAGUCUUCUAUACCCCAGGGGCUGUUCCCAGUAAACUUCCUUUUGAGAGUGAUAGGAGUUAUGGGAGUGUGCCUUUGCAAGCAUCAGGGUCACAGGGGCGAAGAACGGCCCCAUCUCCUCCCAUGGCCUCCCCUCUCCACAGUCCUCACAGCUCCUCCUGUAAUAAACAGGAACGGACCCCGUCCCCACUCCUAGAGUCCUCCUGGGCUGCCAGUAGCCUUUGUCCAGACUGGGAAUGGCCUGGGUGCUCAGCCCAUGACUAUGGAUGCCACUACUAGUCUCCUGGCUCCAUUCCCUUCAUACUUUCUCUUUUCUAUCCUUUUAUUACCUAAUAAA